AUGAGCACUAAAACUGUAAACCUAAAAGUUAAAUUGCCUGGUAGGAAGAGGUUUAAAUGGACUGAUGAGCAGAAACAAGUUCUUGAUAGUGUAUCUAAAGGGCAGUCUGUAUUCAUAUCUGGGUCAGCUGGUACUGGUAAAACAGUUUUAUUAGAGCAAAUUAUUAAGCAAUUAAAGAAAAUUCAUGGCCGGUCUCGGGUUGCUGUGACAGGGUCCACUGGAGUGGCAGCGUGUGCCAUUCGAGGGCAGACCCUUCAUUCUUUUGCUGGGGUUGGGUUGGGAGAGGGUGAUAGUCGGAUUUUGAUUGAUACUGUUGUUGGUGAUAGAUGUGCGUACAGGAGGUGGAACAAAGUUAGGGCUUUGGUUAUAGAUGAAAUUAGUAUGAUUGAUGCUAACUUUUUUGACAAGCUUGAAUUUGUCGCUAAGAGUGUUAGAGAUGAAUCUAAAAUGUGGGGUGGGAUACAAGUAGUUGUGAGUGGGGAUUUCUGUCAGUUACCUCCAGUUAAUAGUAAGUGUUUGGACAUGGGAGAAUACGCGUUCGAAGCUGAAUGCUGGGAUCAGAGCUUUGAUGUGCAAUUUGAGCUUACCACUGUAUUUAGACAGGCUGAUGCUCAACUUAUAAAGUUACUGCAGAGUAUACGAAAAGGAGAGAUUGAUCAGGAUGACUUGCAACUCUUAGAGAAAGUUUCUGUAAGAACAGAGCCAGAUCCUUCUAUUCCCCGUUUCUUUCCUAGGAAUGAUGAUGUAUGCAAGGUGAACAGGAACCGUUUAGAAAGCUUAGGCAAGGAAAUUUACGUCUUCCUUGCCCUUGAUGAGGGUGCUGACAAAUGGAAGAGACAGCUUAAAAAUGUAAUUGCACUGGAUGAGCUUGAAAUCUGUAUAGGUGCGAGGGUGAUGUUAAAUAAGAAUCUGGAUCCUCGAAGGAAAUUUGUUAACGGUGCCACUGGUACUGUUGUAGGUUUUAAACACAAUGUUCCAUCAUUUCAAGAUAUUUGCAAAUGUCAUAUUCUACCUAUAGUUGAAUUUGAUUCAGUACCUGGUCAUUGGAUCGUUGAGCCGGAAGAAUGGGUUGUAAUGAAUGGAGAAGUGGCGGUUGCUAAAAGAAAGCAAAUACCCCUUAUGCUUGCAUGGGCUUUAAGCAUUCACAAGUGUCAGGGCAUGACUCUCGACCGCAUUCAUACUGAUCUUUCUCGUGCUUUUGGUUACGGGAUGGUUUAUGUUGCACUUUCACGUGUCCGAAGUUUAGAUGGCCUUCAUAUAUCUGGUUUCUGUCCUUCAAAGAUCAAGGCUCACCCAAAAGUUCUGCAGUUCUAUAAAAGGUUUAAAAAAGAUGAAGAUGGAAAUUUGAGACUCGAGCGAGAUGUUGCAAGCAAAGCCUGCAGUAAAGAAGUAAUAUUAUUGGAUUAUAAGAGUAUCUAA